AGAGUAGAGAGCAGUCAAGUGCUGAACAGAGCGUACAUUUGGAUCGCAAACGGAGCCAAACAUAACGAGAAAGACAUUCGUAAUGAUCACAUCACAGACACACCACUCAAUGUGACCUUCGCUUCUUCGCUGCCUUUUGCCUCAUUUCACUCCAACUCUCAUCUCAACAAAACCUCUCCGAAAAGCUUACAGAAUAUAACAUUGUUUUGACUGUUUUUAUGCCAAAUAAUUACUAGUUUUCAUAACAUCCAGCACUUGGUUGUGCCUAAUAAACAAUUCAUUAAAAGUUAUGUUCGCUUAUGAUUCACAACACUUACACUGAAUUCAAUGAAAAUCUAUGCUUUAAUAUGAGUUUUGCACUCAAGUCUCUUCAAUACAAUGAAUUCAAUCGCGUUUCUGGUGUUGUGUUGUAUUAGUUAUUAUAAAAUCCCAUCAGUUUAUGGCAAUUUACCCGAUAAUUACACACUAACUAUAGUUCACGCCAACGAUCUGUUCUCGGCCUUUGCCGGCGUUCAAAGUGAUAACAGUUUGUGUGAUCUCAACACUCGUCCCGAUCAGUGUAUCGGAGGAGCGCCUAAAAUAGUCUCAAAGAUAAACGAAUGGCGCUCUCGAGAGCCCAUAAUCUUUGUGAACGGCGGCAACAAUUUGGGCGGCUUUUGGUACAACCAGUUUGGACCGCAAGUACUUUCCGACUUCUUUAGACACCUCCAGUUUGAUGUCAUAAAUUUGGGUUUAAGUGACUAUGAGUUAUACGACAACGACUCGGAGACCAGCGAGACGUUCGCUAACGUCACACAGUUUAUCACUUAUGUCUCCCAUUUCUCGAGGAUUAUCUCUUGUAAUGUUGCCGUCGAAACCAAAUACAUUAGUAAUUUCUACUCCAAUGUGAGGCCGACGGCCAAAAUAUUGGGUUCCGAACAAACGAAGAUCGGAUACAUCGGGUUUGUCAAGAAUCCAAACAAUCCAACCUUAGUGUCGACCGCCAAAAGACAGUCUAAUAGCAAACCUGGCUUUGAAUUCGUCGACAUUCGGGAUCCGAUUAAGUGUUUGCAAGAAGAGAGCGAUAAUAUGCGGAAGAAUGGCAUCGACAUAGUGCUGGCCAUUGGAACCGGUGAUGAAGACCUGUUUAAAGAGAUCGCGUUGAAUGUGCCGAACGUGGAUGUCGUGAUCGGAAGCUAUGCUUACACUAAGAAUGUGUCACUUUUACGGGAGAGAACGGCAACUACUUAUCCAGAUUUGGUGGUCAACGGGAGUACAGGCGCUACAGUUAUAGCCACAGCCGAUGUGUUUGGCAAAAGCAUUGGCAGACUUUCCGUUACUUUCGAUAGGAAAGGGAAUAUUAAGUCAAGCGAAGGAACGCUCAUUAAAUUAGAUAAUAAAAUAGCUUCGGAUAAACAGACGGACCAAUUGGUGGAGAGCUAUCAAAGAGGUCUAUACGUCGGUACGACCAAAAGCAUAGCAUUGGAUCAAAACGACCAGAGCUUACAAGUGGUCCAAGAGAUGAAUCUCUUGCCUCUUAUUGAGCAAUACAUUAAAGAGAAUUCUCCCAUUAAGACAGCCAUCGAAAACAGGAUUACAAUAAUUGGCAAAAAAGGCUUAAAUCCUAUUCUGACCGGCGAUGACGAAUACGAGCUUGUAUUAGGUCACUACCAGUUCUCUCAAUAUCAUCGACAGGUUCUUGAGUUUGUCGACCAAAAUGUUUACCACUUUAGAGUCACCGAAAGUGAGCCCAUGUUUUCAUCGCAAUUCCAGAUCAAAGCCCUAUUUCUGGGCUAUUCUAACAUCACAUUCACGCUCACGAAGAAUACCACUUUUGUUGAGAAAUUAGACGACUAUUCAAUUAGUGUCGUCAGAACUUCUAGCGUUUUUGAUAUCCUAUUUAGUGUACUAAUGAUAAGUAUGGUUACCGUUAACUAUGUCAAUAUGGGCUGUCAUUUGGAUCUACAAAUUGUGCUCAAGACACUAAAAAAGCCAAUCGGACCGCUCAUUGGGUUUGUGUGCCAGUUCACGAUUAUGCCCUUGGCCUCAUAUUUUAUUGGAUGGCUUUUGUUGGAUGACAUAAGUCUGCGUUUGGGUCUCUUCACUCUGGGCUGCUCUCCGGGCGGGAAUUCAAGCAAUUUUUGGACACUUUUAUUCAAUGGAGACGUGAAUCUCAGCAUAACUAUGACACUUAUCAGCACUAUUGCCUCAUUGGCAAUGAUGCCAUUAUGGUUGUUCACUUUGGGCGGAAAUCUAUUCAGCGCAGGCAAUAUCCGGAUCCCAUACCUAAACCUAUUGACAUCGUUGGUUACGCUGACAUUACCCAUGUUUAUCGGAAUAGUGAUCCGACACUAUAAACCCAAUUGGGCUAAAGUGUCGCAUAAGAUAAUCAAACCCUUUACUAUUGUUGUGGUUAUAUUCGGUAUCGCCGGAAGCGCUAUACUAUAUAACCACAUAUUUGUGAUGUUCACGUGGCCUAUUGUCAUAGCCGGUGCUUUGGUGGCCAUUAGUGGCUAUAGUUUAGGCGCUAUCAUAUCGGGUCUGUGCGGUAUGAAGAGACCGCAGGUGGUGGCCAUUUCCAUAGAGACCGCCUAUCAAAACGGCGGCAUUGCAUUCAUUUUACUGAUAUUAUCUCUACAACAACCGGACGCAGACAUUGCGAGUGUGCCCUGUAUUGCACAGCUAUUAAUCACUGGACAACCACUUUGGUUGGUAUUGAUUGGCAUAAAGCUAUGGAAUCGUUUCCAUCCACAGCCAGACAAAGAGAUUGAUAAUAAAGAAGUGACAAUCGCUGAACAAAAGGACAAAAAUGUAGUUCAUUUAGAAAACGGUUGUUAUGACGGACCUUAUGAUGAGAAACCAAAGAUCGAUAACGACAUUAACGUUAGUGUUGUUAACGACAAUCAAAUUAUCACUAAGUUUUAA